AUGGACGCGCCCCUGAACCUUACAGCCAGUGAGGUGAAUCAUCGCAGCGCUCUCAUCUCCUGGCAGCCGCCAAUCGCAGAAAUUGACAACUACAUGCUCACCUACAAGUCAGCUGACGGCAGCCGAAAAGAGCUGAUCCUAGAUGCAGAGGACACAUGGAUUCGACUGGAGGGAUUGGCUGAGACCACGGAGUACACGGUCAAGCUCCAGGCUGCAAGAGGACUUGACACCAGCGCUGUUGUCUCCACUACCUUCACCACAGGGAGUCGUCUGUUUGCAACACCUCAAAAUUGUGCCCAACACCUGCUGAAUGGAGAGACGCUGAGCGGCGUCUACACCAUUUACAUCAACAGAGACCCCAGCCAGGGUGUGCAGGUGUACUGUGACAUGACCACUGAUGAAGGGGGCUGGAUUGUCUUCCAGCGUCGUCAGAAUGGCCUGACAGACUUCUCCAGGAAGUGGAGUGACUAUCGGGUCGGCUUUGGAAACCUGGAGGAUGAAUUCUGGCUUGGCCUGGACAACAUCCAGAGGAUUGCUGCUCAGGGCCGUUAUGAGCUGAGAAUUGACAUGAAGGACGGACAGGAGUCUGUCUACGCAAAUUAUGACAAAUUCUCCAUUGGAGAUGCGAGAAACCUGUACAAGCUGAGGAUAGGAGAAUACAAUGGCACUGCUGGUGACUCUCUGAGCUACCACCAGGGCCGUCCCUUCUCUACAAAAGACAGAGACAAUGACAUCGCAGUCACUAACUGUGCCUUGUCUUACAAAGGAGCCUGGUGGUACAAGAACUGCCACCGGGCCAACCUCAAUGGCAAAUACGGCGAGUCCAGACACAGUCAGGGUAUUAACUGGUACCACUGGAAAGGCCACGAGUUCUCUAUUCCUUUUGUGGAGAUGAAGAUGAGGCCGUUCAACUUCCGUAGCAUCAGCAGCAAGAGGAGGCGGUCUGCGCCUGAAUAAACAAACCGCCUUCACCCAGCCCAGAGUCAAGGAUAAACGGAGUUUGGACAAUGUUUAGUGACGAGUUUCUUCUAUCUGUGUGCUUCGCUCAUGUGCUAUUUAAUGCCUUUUAGUGAGGCUGCAAAGAAAAAAAGUGGGUUAUGACAAAAAGCUACUAAUAUUUUAUUAAUAUUCAGUUGUAAAAUAAUAAAACACAUUAUUAUUAAUACACCACCAACAAUCAGAAACUGUUAUAACCAUGGAUGAGAUCAUGAAAUAGCAGAGAGGGUGAAACAAUGUCCGAACUCUGUUUAUAUCUGCUCUUUCCCAGCUUUAGCUGUCUUUCCCUGCUGUACUUCUACCCAGACGAUAGAGGACACUGUAUGUAAUUUAUUAAAUACUUUGAAUGACAAUGGUUCUAUUUGCUGUAAAAUGGAAAGGCAAACAAAGAAGCUUUUUUUUCUCCUUUAAGUCCAAUUUGCCUUUCCCUGGGAUAAGAGGAAAUGUGCUCAGAAAUGCUCAGAAGAGUGCGAGAGCUAGCGUGAUUUUAACCGUUAAGAAAUAAUAACACUUUUAACGAAAGAUAUACUGUAUAUGCCCUUAAAACCCUUAACUGUAAGAUAUAUAUAUUUUUAUAACUGAUAUUGUGACAGAAGUCCAUCUAUUUAAUAUGAUUUGAUGCCUAUAUGAAGUUAAUGAUAAAACCUUGAGGACAAAUUCUGGACAUAAGAGAUAAAAUUAACAUCAAAAAGCAAAAUCAUCAUUCACAAAGCAGUGCACCAGCAACAGCUUCAUUACCACCUAGUUUAUUUAUUUUAUUUCUCUCUCUUUCUGUGUUACUGUUAAUUACAAUAUCCUUUGUGUUAAAUAUUAAAGCCGUAUGAAAUAUUCAAUAUUAAACUUUAUUAUUAUUGGUAGCCACACUGAGACAGUAUUUUGCACUACGAGUGGGAACACAGCAAAGCUAUUGUUGUUUAAUCAAUUCAAAUAAUUUUUUUAGUUGUUCAUGGGCAUUUAAUAUUAUUUCCUGGACUUUAUUUUCAAGCAAAUUGCAAACACUUAAGUGAUUGCUUGCAGAGAUGGUGCAGAUAAGUGUAACAUGUAACCAAAGAUCUGCAUAAUAAAGACUCGGCCCACUGUUUGGAAAGGUGCCAGUCAGUUCUGUCACCAAAGUCACUGAAGCAGCUUUUUUCAUGUAUUAAUAGAGUCUCACUUUUCAGGGACUUUUAUGGUAAUCAUGUCCCCAGGUGAUAUUUUAUGCAAUGUGAACACUAAAUUCUAUGCAAAAGAAAGUCGUGGUGGGCAUGGUGCAGAUUUUAGCCUUGCCUAUUAGCUGAAAUGAACUUAAAGAAAGCGGAACAGUAGGUGGAGUGGAGCCAAGUCUUUCUUCUGAGCCUUUCUUGUACUUGCUUCGCUAUUUAAGCUCCCCAGUGAAACAACAAAAUCAGCAAACAUGGCAGAGAAUGCAUUGUUUUAGUAGGACCAGCGUAAGCCGCAGCAUGCCCACCAAGCAUUUUGUUCUAUUCAGUGUUCACACUGUUGCACAAAGGGUUGAGUGCCAGUGCGUUGACUGCAGUUUUCUGGAGCCAGAAAACUGCGGUUUCCUCCCUCCUCUGUUGGAGAAAAAAAUCAUCUCUGUGGAGUUUGAAGACAAACCACACACAACUAGCUAAAUCUUCUCUCUGGCUUCAUACUUUAAAAAUAAACACAAGUUGUUGUCCAAUAUAAUCCUUGGAAAUCCGUGUCACCAUCGCUGCAAGCAGCAUUUUAUAUUCAAUAAUCAAAAUAUUAACAGCUGGAAAUCUCAUUCUGGUACUUCUGUCAGUUUCUUUAAUUCUCUCACUGAAGCAAACCAGGAAGUCUGCUUUGUAUCAUAUGCGUAUAUUUUUCAUUUGUGUUCUUUGUCCUUUUUAGACUUGAAAACAAUGGUGACUCUCCCCUCUAUAAACUACAACUUAUAUACUCAUGUAGCUACAGAGUUGAAGAUAAUGUGACUUUUGGUGUGUUCUCCCUUUAGAUGCAAACUAAUUCAGAAAGCCCUCUGAAACACUUCCCCUUUUAACCACUGUAUUUUUAACCAUGGUUGUGUUAAUGGGUGGAUGGAGCCUACUGCAUGUUGACUUAAAUUGCAACCAAGAGCCUGAUAAUAAGUAACAAAUGUCACUGGAGUACAUGUUCUAAUCUGAUUUGUAGUGACACAUUUCUUUGCUGGUCUGGGUAAAAGGUGCUCUUGAAAUGGUUUUUAAAAAGGUAGAAUAAAAACAAUAUUUAUAAGAAGCUGUUUCAUCACGCAACCUUUCCCAGGUCUGAUUAAUGUUUCAGUGUCAAAGUGACUGUUUCAGAGCCUCUCAUGCAAUCCAUCUCCCAUAGUGAUUUAUAGUAGAGUAGGGAACUCUUUAUGUACUUAUUUUAUUAACUACUUGGAUGAAGUUUGCCUCGGUGCAGUUUUGUACAUGGAACGAAGGUCAUGAAGCUUUGCAGAAAAGAAAAAAGAAUGUUAUUUGUAUUGUGACGGUUUUCUCUCAUGGCAAACCGUGAGGUGCUCUUAAAUAUUUCAAGAGGAAAGCUGAUAUAUAUUUAAGUUCAUUUUAAAUAUUUUUUCCCAUCUGUAAUCAUUUUAAGCUUUUUCUGUCAAUCAAUGAGAAAACCACAAAAAGGAAAUUGUUUAAGUUGCUGUGGAAAAGCCUAUGUCUCACCUUUCAUUUCCAGUUAAUCAUCUAUGUAUUUAUUUUUUGUCUUUCCAUUUGUUCAUAAACUUCUAUUGCUUGUCACAAGCACGUUACAUUAAUCCAUUAGUGUAAUUGAAAGCUUAGUAAUAUUAGGCUACUCUUCAUUGAGAGCUUUCAGGAAAACAAAUUAUUUGAAAUUGAGAAAAUGCAACCCUCAUGGAAAAAAACAUGCCUGAAAUUAUUUUCUUGAUAUUAUAAAUAAUUUGAUGUCAUUCCCUCUAGCAUAAAGUAUGAGCAAGUAGUUUGUUCCCAUCAUUUAAAGCCAACUGAUCAAGUAUUUUAUCAUCUUUGGAGGGUAGGGAGGUAUUAAAUUGUACGUUUUGAUCAUGUAAAAUGUCAUCUCUUCAGCUACUGAAUAACAUCAGGUUUGAAAAGAGCAUCUCCAUUAUUUACACUUAAAACUCUCAGUCACUGGGAAUACACUCACACUGAUCAUUGUUUGCUUCUACCAAGCUUCUCACUGGACAGGAAACCUGUUCCCCCUUAUUUAUUUCACUGCUAUUUAUUUUCCAAUUACUUUGUGAAAUUGUAAAAAAAAAAAAAAAAAAAAAAAAAAGCUAAUAAAAAUGCUUUAUUUGAUGGGUUUACUUUUACAAGUGACUUAACUGAUAAAACCACCAUGUCUGGUGGUAUUUGUUAUAUAAGCCAGAUACUGUAACUGCAUUAAUUUGAAAUCUUGCCAUGGAAAUGUAAAUGUUGACCAAAUGUGAUCUUGACUGUUUGAAAAGCUCAUAUGCUGAAAUAAGGAUUUUUGUUGGAUAAACUUGGAUUUUACUGUCAAAUUUAGCUCUAG